AGCUUGCCGACGAAGGUUUAGUGAAUUUCAAUUGUGAAAUUGAAUUGAAUUUGUCUAUUUUUUCAGUGAAAUCUUUUGCUUGAAAGGAGAAGAAAUCGUCUAACCAUGAGUUUUAAUAACGAAAUUAAAAACAUUUUAAAUGACCUGCAAAUUUCCGACGAUGAUCGCUCUAGUUAUGCUAACGACGCUAUUGCAAUUCAAAACUAUGUGAUCGAUAGGUUGAAAUCUGAAGACCAAACUUUUCGCAGUGCUUAUGACGGCCUUAGUCUGGGUGGAAGUUACUUGGAUGGCGUCAAGUUGUCGACUCCUGAUGAAUUUUAUUUGCAUAUGAAGCUCAAGUUCCCAUUCCAUGUCGUCCCAAAAAGAAACGAAAACGCCUUUGUUCUUCUGUAUGCACAUGGAGGCAGAAAUUCGCGCUUGGUAUCCCAUGAUGGGUAUAUUUACCGCGCGGAUCUUCAGGGCUGGCUGCGUGGUAUCUUUCAAAAGGUGUUUAAUUCAUCUUUGCGCCUAACUUGUUCUGGACGUACCUAUACUACAAAGUAUACAGCAGAAGGAUAUGGCUGUGCCCAUUCUAUUGAGGCCAAAUGCGAAGAUCGCACCAUAUCUUUCGAUCUGGUGCCGGCAUUCGAGUUCCAUGGGUCUCAGUGGCCGUUGAACGAACCGCCGGUUCCCAGUCAGGUGCGUAGAGAUUAUUCGUGGUUCGCCAUUCCGCAAAAGAAAUCGGGAAGCAACGAUGAUCGCACCUUCAUGGUGUGCGCACCGCACUGGGAACGCGAAGUGAUGAAGGGCUCUUACAAUCUUAAGAAUGUUUUGCGCCUCAUGAAGGGAUUACGUGAUGCCAACGAUUUGCCGCACUUGUCCAGUUACAUGCUUAAAUCCGUUCUCCUCCAGCGACUUUCAAAUGUCAACUGGCAAAGGGACGAGGCUUCUCUUUUGGUGGAGAUGUGGGAGCGAUUGGUAAAUCACCUUCGGUGUGGCACAUUGCCCUUUUUCUUAGCAAAUGGGCACAAUAUAUUCGUUCGUCUGGAUAGCUCAGAUCUUGACACCUGUAAAGCUAAUGCUAUUGAAAUUCUUAGAAAACUACAAAUCUGCUACAGAAAUGACAACGGUAAUGCAUUGCGCCAGCUCUUCAAAUAAUAAUCAAUUUUGCGCCUUGUAAUGGUGAAAUGUUUUGUAUUUCUGAAUAAUAAA